AGCAGGUAAACAGACCAUUCGGGUUAUGGCUGGACUUGGGGAUUGACUGGGUGUGGCUGGAUGGGAAAGAGAAGGCAAGAACACUUCCGCGUUCCUGACCCAAGCCACUUCGGUUAGAUGGUGGUGCCACUUGCGGAGACGAAUAGAGGAGUGAGAGCAGGAAGGUGGAGUUUAGUUGCAGGAAUGUGGAGUCUGAAGUACCUGCGGGUUAUGCUAGGAAAGAUCUCCAAGGCCCAGUGGUACUUACGGGCAAGCAGAGGAGUCUGGGCCGGAGUUGCCCGGUAUAGACUUCGAAUAGUUGAACCACCAAAAGUACCUGUGGGAAAAACGCCCAACUCUGAUAAAGAUGGCCCAGCUCUUGAGCCCAACCUGUGGAUGUGGGUAAACCCCAGCAUCGUGUAUCCCCCCGGAAAGCUGGAGGUCCCAGAACCUCAUAAGGGAGAGGAUCUCCCAGGCGCACUCCCCUCCCCUCAGCCAGCCCCCAAAGAGGAAGACUUUGCCAGCUGCUCAGAGGCCACGGCGGUGGAGUCACUGCCACCAUCCUCGCCCUCCAGCGAGCAGUCUCCCCCUCAGAAGCGGUUUGCCUCUUCCCCCAGCACCUGGGAGCUCACAGAAGAGGAGGAGGCUGAGGACCAGGAUGACAGCUCCUCUGUGGCUCUCCCGUCCCCUCACAAAAGGGCCCCCCUCCAAAGUCGGAGGUUUCGGCAAGCCAGCAGCCAAGAGGGGAGGCUCUGGUCCCGGCCCCCUCUCAAUUACUUCCACCUCAUUGCACUGGCAUUAAGAAACAGUGCCCCCUGUGGCCUCAACGUGCAACAGAUCUACAGUUUCACUCGACAGCAUUUCCCCUUUUUCCGGACGGCCCCGGAAGGCUGGAAGAAUACCGUCCGUCACAAUCUCUGUUUCCGAGACAGCUUUGAGAAAGUGCCGGCCAGCGUGCAGGGUGGCGCCGGCACACGGCCCCGCUCCUGCCUCUGGAAGUUAACUGAGGAGGGACGCCGCCGCUUUGCAGAGGAGGCCCGCGCCUUGGCCUCCAGUCGGCUGGAGAGCAUCCAACGGUGCAUGAGCCAGCCAGAUGUGAUGCCCUUCCUCUUUGACCUUUAAAUCCAAGAAGCAGGAGUCAGCCCAUCCCUUAUUAAAGUUACCUGCAGCAGCCUGGUGGAGAUCUGCACAGAAACAGGGCUCCACCCUCAGAACCCAGGGCUUCAGCUAUCCUCCGUGCAGGAGGCAGUCUUUGACCUUGAAGAAGUGACCCUUCUACCCCAGGCCAUUGGCCAUGAGAUCAGCCAAGAACCUGACCUGGGGUUAUACCUAAGCAGAACGUAUUUGUGGCACCAUUUUAAGAUACACUGAACUUUCCAGGAAUGCAACUGUUAUGUAAAAUGAAGGAUGAUUGUGCUUUUUUUGGUUUGGAAGUUGACCAAGAGUUGUUUGCCAUUUCAGAAAAUCACUUCACUGACAGCAAAGCUGCUCUGGUAUUUAAGUCACCAAUACCACAUGCCUGUAUCAGAUUGUGUUUGUGUCUGCUGCACUCACGGGGAUUCUGCAUGUAUAAACAAAUCUUUAUUACAUCCAGGCAGCCGAUAUAAAGACAAAGUAUUGUCAAUAGUCGUAUGACUGUCAGCUCUUAAAUCUGAGCUCUUCACUGUAAGUAUGUACAAAUUUCCGAC